AUGCUAGCACGGAACCUCACGGCUGCUUUCUCUGAACAACUCCGCGCCGUCAUGAAUAAUGCUCCUACCCAGCAACGAGUAUUAGAAGAUAUGGCGGAUCAAAUAAAAAACUUGCGGGAACGAAUCGAACCCCAUCAGGAGAUACCGAAGUCUCAUGAAUCUCAGGAUGGGAACUCGAGGACGUCCCACUCCAGUAGACGCAAUAAGAAGAGGCGGGAGAGAUCUAGAACCUAUCCGAGCCUCAGAAAAACAGAUCUGCGAGAUGGCGAAUCUAAAACCGCCUCUCGAGACGUCCGCACCUUCCUAGAAAGUAAGAAACAAAAGACGUCUGAAAGCGUCCAAUCUUUGGUGGAUAAAAGGAAGGAAGAAAGAAAGCAAGCCCAAGCCGCGGAGUCUAGCCGCCGCAUCACCAUGCCGCGGAAUAAGGCCGGCAAAAGUAGCCUUUCUGGAAAACUUAUACCCAUAAUCUCUCCAUUGGCCCCGGUGAUACUAAAUACCCCCAGUAAUGGGAAGAUAAAGAUUCCGAACAUGGCGGCCUUCGAUGGAACGUCCUGCCCGGAGGAACACCUGAUGGCCUACAAAAACUUGAUGUUGCUAUAUACCAAUGACCCGUUGUUGUGGUGCAAGUUCUUCCCGACUACUCUUACGGGAGUAGCGCUGACAUGGUAUACCUCUCUUCCAGGAGGAAGUAUACACAACUUUGCCCAACUGGAAGAGAAGUUCUUGGGCCACUUUAUGGCUUCCAGAAGGCAGGAGAAAUCAAAUUUCCAUCUACUCAGCAUCACGCAAUUAGAAGGGGAGUCCAUAUCAUCCUAUCUAAAAAAGUUUCAUGAGGCGGUGCUGGAGGCAACCGAUUUGGAAGAAUCGGCCCAUGAUCCUAAAAAACAGAGGUCUGAUAAGAAGGACUCCAUUGCCAAUCAAUCCUCGAGAAACAGAGAGGAACAAGCAUUGAGGAGGGAAUGA